AUGGCGACCUUGCCAGGAUGUCUACACCAUCGUUAUGGAGUAGAGCGCCCAGGAUCGUUUCCCCGGCGGAUAUGCCGAAGAAGGGGCAACAACGAUGAUCGUGACAAACCUGUCACCGAUCUUGACGAUUUCGACAGUGUUGUGGUCAGAAGAGUGGUCCACAGCUUUUAUGAUAAAGGAGAAUUUCCAACAAGCACAAUAAUUUUAGCAGCAUUGCGAGAAAAAACUGAUUACCGGGGGUCGAAAUCAUCUGUAAAAAUUAUUUUGAAAAAACUUAAUUUUAAGUACAAAAGGUGUAACGACGGUCACAAAUUUCUUAUGAAACGGUCGGACAUAGUGGCUGCGCGCGUAAAAUUUUUACGUAAAAUGAACGAGCUUCGUACAAAUGGUGAUAUUCGGCCAAUAGUCUAUUCAGACGAGACCUGGGUUAACCAAAAUCAUACUCGGGGACAUAUUUGGCUAAACCAGGAGAAUACAGAGUGCUUAAAAGUACCUACAGGGAAAGGCAGUCGCCUUAUUGUUUGUCACGCUGGGUCUCCUUCCUUUGGUUUUGUCAAAGACGCAAAAUUAAUUUUUCGUUGUAACUCUGGCAAUACCAAAGAUUAUUAUUCACAGAUGAAUGCUACAAUUUUUGAAACGUGGUAUUUGCAAAUGUUAAUGAACUUGGAAGAGCCCAGUGUCAUUGUUAUGGACAACGCAUCAUACCAUUCUGCAUUACUCGAAUACUACCCGAAGUCAAAUAGUAGGAAGACGGAUGUUCAGCAAUGGUUGCGCGGAAAAAAUAUAGACUUUUCUCCCCUCGAAACUCUUGACGAAUUACGGGCGAAAGUCAAACUUGCGAUGCCGCAUGGAAAAAUUUAUAAGUUGGAUGAAUUGACACACCAAAUGGGGCAUGAAGUGGUGAGACUUCCACCUUACCACUGUCAGUAUAAUCCCAUAGAAUUGAUUUGGGCACAAUUUAAAGGGAGAGUGGCUGAAAAAAACUCAACAUUUAAAAUUGCUGAUGUUGAGGCACUCGUUCAUACAGAAAUUGAUGCGGUAACUGCUGAUGAUUGGGCCAAAUGUGGAGAACAUUGCGUGAAAAUUCAAGAGGAGGAUUUCCACAAAGCAGGACUGAGGGACGAAAUAUUAGAGCCAAUAAUUUUAACAAUUUAUCCAGACGACAGCAAAGUAUAA